AUGGAUUGUGUGGCUGGAACAAGUUGGUCAUGGGUGAUUAAAAACAUCAUGAAGCAAAGAGAACUAGUCAUGCAACACCAAAUUGCUUGGAAGAACCUCCUGAGCAGGCCCAGGUUUAAGAUGAGUAACAUGUAUGCUGCUUUGAUAAAAGAUAACCUGAAUGUGGACUGGCGAGGAAUUCUGAAAUGGAACAAUGUUAGGCCUAGAGCACUCAUCACAUUAUGGCUGCUAUGUCAUGGAAAGCUGGCAACUAAGGAUAGGAUGAGAAGAUUCAGAUUGAUUACUGAAAGUAUCUGCAACAUGUGUAAAGAGGUUGAUGAAUCAAUAAAUCAUGUUUUCUUUGAAUUAAGGGAUACCAACAGAAUCUGGAAAGCUACCCUUGAAUGGAUGCACAUUGACAGGGAACCUAAAGGCUGGAAUGCAGAGUUCAAGUGGAUAGAUGAGAACACAAAGAAAAAAGGAUGGAAAUUGAGUAUCCUGAAAAUGGCUUGUGCUGAAGCUGUUUAUGAAAUUUAG